AGGAUCACAGAUCACACCGAUCACAGUGAAUUCAUUUGGAUUACAAAUUGUAAUCGUGUUGCAAUCGGUAAUUUCGAGAAAUCGGUAUCACGGUAUCCUUCAUGCUCUGUAUAGUCUGUAUUUGAAUUAUUUACUGCAAUAGACGUCAAAAAAUUAUUGGAAUCAUUAGGCUUGUUUUCUAUUCCUGCACCAGAUUGCACUGGAACGUUCCUUCUUGCUUUCACUAACUUUCAAAUAUAUAUCUAUUUCAUUUUAAGUGCACACUAAUUUAGGGAGUUCAGGAACAGAAAACAAACGGAUUGUUAUCGUUUUGCUAUUUGUUAUUUGUAAUCCUUUUGCGACGAGAGUGUCGAAUGUUAUCUCGUGUAAAAUGGCUAAUACUGAAAUAAUGUGCAAUGAUUGUAAUACUAUAGUAAACAUUGGAGAAGAACACGAAUGUAACAUAGGAGAUAACAAUGUUUACGAUGAUUAUAACGAAAGGUUAAUUGCAGAAGUCUUUGUAAGGGAAGGCUUAUGGAAUUCCAAAUUGCCUUACAAGUUUAGAGGUCCAGCACAUUUGAAAACAUUAUUGUGUGAAGUUGAUACUUGCUUAGGAACACCUGCUGGAAGUAGCCAAAUAAAAUGGAAAAGUUUAAGGGAUCGCUUUGUCAGAGAACAUUCUUCCGUAACAACUUAUAUACCAAGUGGCAGUGGAGCUAUGAAAAAAAAGAGUAAUUGGCCAUAUGACACCUUACGUUUUCUAAUUCCAACAGUGAAUUAUAGAAAAACUAUAAGUAAUCUGGAAAACAUAAAUCCAGAUUUUCAGUCUGAAAGUGAUACACAGUUAUCACUUUCAGAUGAAUCUAGUCUCGCUGGUACCUCUAAUAAUAAUACAUAUAUAAGAAAAAAAAUAAACAUCGCUCAGCAAGUACAAACAAAACGAAGUUUACUAAAGCCACAAACAGCGUUGCAACAAAAUUGUUUCAAUGCCGAAAUUUCACAAACAGCCAAAGAAUCACUUCGUUCGCCUCAACCUUCAAAAUAUAGAAAGAAACAGAAAGUUACCGAAAAUGUGGACACGCAUUUGGAGGAAGUUCUUUUAAAGGAAUUGAAACAUACAAGUGAUGUAAAACCCGAUAAAAUAGAAAGCUUCUCAAAAUAUGUUGAAGCGUGUCUGAGAAGCAUGACUUUGGAUGUUUCGAAACGAGUAAUGAACAAAAUUUCAAUGUUACUUAUUCAAGAAGAUAAUUAAGAAAACAAUGUCUUAAAUGAUAUCCUCAUGACACAACACUUAAUGAAAAAAGUUAAUUGGUUUUCUUAAGUUUUUAUUACAAAAUUUAAUUUUUGAAACGACUUCAAAACCAUCUUGGUACAAAGUUUAGUUUAGCCCCGAUAGAAAUAAAAGGAUAACAAAUAUACAGAAGUUCAAGACCGUUGCAUUUGGAAUUAACGGCUGUUUCCACAAAGAUUCGUGAGAUUAUUCGUAAAAUUGGAACUUUCUAACAAGAAUUGUGAACUGAUAUAUGUUACCUAUUUACAAGUUGCUACGUUCCAUUUCCUUUUUUUUCUUCAAGUGACGUCGAACACGUUUGAUACUCCGUGUAAUCAUCAGUUAAAAUAAUAGUUGAAAAAACUGUAAAAACUUAAAAAAA